CCUCGCCAAAAGCCCGAGUCCCCGCCUCACUUCACCAGCGCAAAGCGAGUGGCCUUGCCUGAUGUCUGCAUUUUGACCCUCAUUUCUGGCCAUUCGUUCAUGAUACCCGGAAGAAACGCCACUCCGCAAUGCCAAAGGUCGACCACCGGGCGAAGCUCGCCGAGCUCAAGGCCCUGCGCAAGGCGGGCAAGAAGGCAUUCGAGAGCUACCAGGUAGAGGAUGCGGACAAUCUCUACGACGAGGUUGACGAGGCUGGAUACAAGAAGAUUGUGCGGGAGCGACUGAACCAGGACGACUUUGUGGUCGACGACAAUGGCGAGGGCUAUGCCGACGACGGACGAGAGGACUGGGACAGAGUGCGGCAGUACGAAUCAGACAGCGAGGGCGAAGGCGGACUUCCUGUGCGUGGGAGGCCGAGCAAAGCAUCCAAAAAGAGUCUGCAGGAAGAACAGGCCAAGCGGGAUGCCAACGACCGCAGCAUCAGCGAAUACUUUACCAAAGGCGCUGGCAAAGCUCAGUCCAAGCCCAAGGUUGUCAAAACCAAGGCAGAUGACGACUUUCUUGCCGAUCUGCUAGGAGAGGUGGACGCCAAUAUCCCAGCACCAGCCCCAAGAUCCUCAAAAAUCGAACGAUCCGGCGGCGAACGACGCAGGCCUCGAGAGCUAUCUCCUGCGCCAGAGCCCAGUUCCAAGAAGCAGAAGAGGGUCAACAUACGGCUGCCCUCGCCAUCACCAGCCCCCGCGAGCUUUGACGAUGAUGAUGGCCUUGUACCCUUGAUUGAUGACGAGCCCAUGAGCACCGCCGAUAUACCCAUGAGUGACCCAGCGCCGUCUUCGCCUGCUGCCAAAGUCGCCCAACGCAAGGCUCUGAUAAAACAAGAGCCGCAGAGUGACGACGAUGACGACAUGAUGGAGAUUGCCCAUGCCGGUGCCGUCAAGGUUGCUAGUGUCAACAUGGCAGGCUCACGGCCUGUGAAGAAAAUCGUCAAGGAAGAGCCGCAGUCGUCCCCGGUCAAGGUUCCAGACACUUCUGUUGAUCCAACAUCUUGGAACGAACUCACAGAGAAGCUCAACGUCGUCAGCUCCUCUCUGUCAGAAUCUAGAGGUAUCGGCAAGAUCGAUCACAACGACGCCAUUGAAGCCGAUGGAUCCUUGAAUUUCUUCUGGACUGACUACACCGAGGUCAACGGCAGUCUAUGUCUCUUUGGCAAGGUGCUGAACAAAAAGACACGCUCGUAUGUUAGCUGCUUCGUCAAGGUUGACAAUAUCUUGCGGAAGGUCUACUUUUUGCCCCGCCAACAGCGUGUUCGAGACGGCGAAGAAACUGGCGAAGAUAUCGACAUGGGCGAUGUCUAUAACGAGGUUGACGAAAUCAUGACCAAGAUGAACGUCGGCAUGUAUAAGAUCAAAAAGUGUGAGCGCAAAUACGCGUUUGAGCUGCCGGAUAUCCCCAAGGAAGCAGACUACAUGAAGCUCUUAUACCCUUACACAAAGCCUACACUUAACAUGGACGUAAAAGGAGAAACCUUUUCUCACGUAUUUGGAACCAACACUGCUCUAUUUGAACAGUUUGUGCUAUGGAAGAACAUCAUGGGGCCUUGUUGGCUGAAGAUCCAGGAUGCCGACUUUGGCGCUAUCAAGAAUGCCUCCCACUGCAAACUUGAAGUUCUGGCUGAACAUCCUAACAUGGUGUCUGCCAUUCCCGAUUCUGAUAAUAUGGAAAUGCCCCCCUUGACGCUCAUGAGCAUCGCUCUCCGAACGGCAUUCAACGCAAAGGAGAACAAGCAAGAGAUCCUUGCUAUUAGUGCCCGAAUCUACGACAAGGUGCUUUUGAGCGAUACAACUCCCGCGGAGAAACUUCCGUGCAGGACAUUUACCGUCAUCCGACCUCAUGGGCAAGCUUUCCCCAUGGGCUUCGAUACUCUAGUGAAGAAGAGAGUAGAGCAAAAGAAAGGCCUGGUCGUUUUAAAAAAACAAGAAUCAGACGUGCUAAGCUUCUUCUUGGCCCAAGUUGAUGUAGCGGAUCCUGAUGUCAUUCUUGGUCACCAGUUGGAAGGCGUCGAUUACAGCGUACUGCUGAAUCGUUUGUUGGAGAAGAAAACUCACCAGUGGUCAAGACUUGGAAGGCUGCGGCGAUCUCAAUGGCCGUCCGCUAUCGGCAAGGUUGGUGGCAACGUGUUUGCUGAGCGCCAAGUCAUGGCUGGCCGGUUGCUCUGCGAUCUCGCCAACGACGCAGGAAAAUCCGCCAUGUUCAAGUGUCAGACGUGGAGCUUGACAGAAAUGUGCAGCUUGUAUCUCACAGGUGACAAUCGUCGCCGUGAUGUUGAUAACGAAGUUGCCCUCAACACUUGGGCUAAGGAGAGCCAGGGUCUCAUGGACUACGUGACCCAUAUGGAGGCUGAUACACACUACAUCGCCGCAUUAGCUGUCAGUGUGCAGCUGCUUCCCCUUACCAAAGUCUUGACGAAUUUGGCUGGUAACUCUUGGGCUCGUACCUUGACUGGAACACGCGCAGAGCGAAACGAAUACAUUCUCCUUCACGAAUUCUACCGCAACAAGUACAUUUGUCCUGACAAGCAGACAUUCAAGGGACGACAAAAGGCUGAAGAAGAAAACGACGAGGAGGCUGGUGAGGGCAAGAAGAAGGACAAGUACAAGGGUGGUCUCGUCUUUGAGCCGGAAAAGGGUCUUUAUGACAAGUUUGUGCUUGUCAUGGACUUCAACUCUCUGUAUCCUUCUAUCAUUCAGGAGUAUAACAUUUGCUUCACUACGGUGGAUAGAACAGCAUCGGCCGAAGAUGAGGAUGCAGUUCCCGAGGUUCCUGUUAACCAGGACCAGGGCAUUCUCCCUCGACUCAUUGCCACGCUCGUCAGCCGUCGUCGUCAAGUAAAAAGCCUCAUGAAGGAUAAGAAGGCCACACCUGAGCAACUUGCUACUUGGGAUAUCAAACAGCUAGCCUUGAAGCUGACGGCCAAUUCUAUGUACGGUUGUUUGGGAUACACCAAGUCUCGUUUCUAUGCUCGUCCCCUGGCUAUUUUGACUACGCACAAGGGUCGAGAAAUUCUUCGCAGCACCAAGGAUCUUGCCGAGAGCAAGUCUCUGCAAGUCAUCUACGGUGACACUGACUCCGUCAUGAUCAAUGCCAACGUGGAUAAUGUUGCAGACGCUUUCAAGGUUGGCAACGAGUUCAAGAAGGCCGUCAACGAGCAGUACAGGCUUCUGGAAAUUGACAUCGACAAUGUUUUCCGUCGUAUCCUGCUGCAAGCUAAAAAGAAAUACGCUGCUAUCAACUUGAUUGAAAAAGACGGCAAGUUCAUCGAGAAGAUGGAGGUGAAAGGUCUGGAUAUGAAGCGUCGUGAAUACUGCGCUCUCUCCAAAGAGGUAUCCAAGCAUUUGCUUGACGAGAUCUUGUCUGGUGAUGAUAUUGAGGUUGCCGUGGCUCGCAUCCACGAAUACCUGCGAGAAACUGCUACCAAAAUGAGGGAAUUUACCAUCCCGGUGCCGAAAUAUACUAUUUACACGCAGCUCGGAAAGGGUCCCAAGGAAUACCCCAACGCUGACUCCAUGCCUCAAGUACAAGUUGCCCUCCGCGAUCUCGCCAGGGGUAAAACUGUGCGCAAGGGCGAUGUCAUUUCCUACAUCGUCACAGGCACUAGCAAAAGCUCGGAACCUGCGCCAAAGCGAGCCUAUGCUCCGCCGGAUCUCAAGGCUGACCCAAAUCUGCAACCCGAUGUGGACUGGUAUAUAGCUAAACAGAUUUUCCCGCCUGUCGAGCGUCUGUGUGCCAAUAUUGCGGGUACUUCCACGUCUCAGCUUGCUGAACAGCUGGGCUUGGAUGUCCGCCGAUAUAGCUCCACCCAGACGCAGCAGAACAGCUCAAGUGACGAUCUCGAGAUUCACCCUCUCGAGUCUCAGAUUCCUGACGAAGUCCGGUUUGUCGACUGCAAGCGACUCUCUCUACGCUGCCGAAAGUGCAAGGCUUCAUCCGUCUUUGAGGGCCUCUUGGGUUCUCCAGAUCGCGUCACUGCGUCGGGUGUCACAUGCCCAGGCUGCGGCGCAGUCAUCCCCACGCUCUCUGUCGUAGCGCAGGUAGAGCAUACGGUGCGCCUUCAGACGUCCCAAUAUUACGAAGGCUGGCUCGUCUGCAACGAUCCCCAGUGCGGCAACAGAACUCGCCAGAUGAGCGUCUACGGCACCUGCUGCUUAGGCCCUAAGGGUCUGGCGCGAGACUGUAACGGCACAAUGCACUACGAGUACACCGAAAAGGCCAUCUAUAACCAGCUGGUGUACUUUGCCAGCCUGUGGGAUGUGGAAAAAGCCAAGGCUAGAGCUGCUGAUACAACGAAUGAGAUUUCGAUACAAGAGCGAGAGAAGAUUCGGGCUUUGGCGGAGCACAACCGUGUGCGCUUCACGACGGUCAAGACUGCUGUGGAUAAGUACUUGGACAAGUGCGGCAGACAGUGGGUUGCCAUGGACACGCUUUUUGCAAAGCUUGGAUUCAGCAAGAUGUUUGCUGCUCCAGCUGCUGCCUCAUGAGGAGGACAGGGAGAAGAGGGCUGUAUUUGGGAAAAUAUAUUCAUGACGGAAUGUUUUAUAUAAUUGUAAUCUGUUUCGUUUUUUUGCGAGAGAAAGAGAGAGAGAGAGAGAGAGAGAGAGGACAAGCAUAUCUUAGCAUGGCAUGCAAAGACGGUUUUUGUUCCAAGAAAACAAGCCAACUAACUAUUUGCGGCGUGGAGCUGAGAGAUGAUGGAUGGCGUUUUUGGGAGUUUUUCAUGGAAACUUUUUUUAGGAAUGCUGCUGCAUUGCAUUGAAUAAGAUGGGAAGAGAAUUUGUAGUUUACGACAAAAAAGAAAGAAAGAGAGAAAUGUUUAUACAACUAUAGUUAAGAAGAGAACAAGGAGCUUCUGAUUUGCUGUAUACCAUAUUGAAUUCCAUCUAGAGGGAAAAAGUCAUUUGUUGCUCAUGCUAGAU